UCAUGGUUUUGUAAAAAGUGACAAACACUAAAAUUUUAUAAAAGGCGUUUGAAAUCUCAAGCGGCAAUUUCACUGUUUCUCUCUCACUUCUUCCAUUGAAUCUCUGUCUUCUAUCUUACGGCUAGAUCGAGGAGAGAAAACUGUGUUUAGAGAGAGAAACAAAUCAAUCAAUAUCAAUGGCGUUUAUGUCGUUUGUUGGAAGAGUACUCUUUGUAUCUGUCUUCAUCCUCUCUGUUUGGCAAGAGUUCAAUGACUUUGGUGUUGACGGUGGGCCCGCGGCUAGGGCAUUGCGUCCAAAGUUCAAUGCUUUUUCUAAACAUGUGUUAUCACACACUGGGUUUAAACUGCCUCCAGUUGAGAUGCAACAUUUAAUUGCUGCCUCAAUAGCCUUGAAGGGACUUGGGAGUCUUCUUUUCAUAUUGGGAAGCUCUUUUGGAGCUUAUCUUCUCAUUUUGCACCAAGUGCUUGCUACCCCUAUCCUGUACGACUUUUACAACUAUGAUGCUGAUCACAAGGAAUUUGCGCAACUCUUUAUCAAAUUUACCCAGAAUUUGGCACUUUUUGGCGCUUUGCUUUUCUUCAUUGGCAUGAAGAAUUCUAUGCCAAGACGGCAAGUAAAGAAGAAGGUCCCCAAGACAAAAGCAAUGUAAGAAGAGUUUGGGAGUUAAAUUGUAGCUGAGGACAAGGACACAAGCAAAGGAUUAUGAGAACUGUUACCCUUUUCAGGACGUAAUUUUUGUACCCAUUGUAUCCAUUCCCUUCUAGUAGUCGCUGGAUCUCCUUUUAUUUUAACCUACUCCGUAGUAUCUUGAUUUUGGCUCUUGCUGUAUUUUUUUUUUCCCAAUGUAGACUUAAAAUCUUAUAUUGAUGUUAAUGCAAAGAUAUGGUAGGCACAUUUUAUAUUUUCAUGGUGAUACAUGUCAUUUUUAGACUCAUUAUAUGGUUGCAGGGGAUGUUUCUUUUCCAUCUUUUUGCAUUCAAAAAAAAAAAAAAAGAAAAAAUCAUCGAGGGGAUUAGAAUCUUUAGUUCAUUCUAUGAAGACAAGUCACAGCUUUGAAAGGGGCAAGCUGUGGCAAGUUAGUCUUUUGGAGAUGUUCACCAAUAUCUUGUAUUUUCUGUUCUACUGGUUGUAAAUCUUUUACUUCAGUUUCCUUAA